CCUUUUGCCACCAUGAGCUUCUCGGGCAAGUACCAGGUGCAGAGCCAGGAAAAUUUCGAGCCCUUCAUGAAGGCAAUUGGGCUACCUGAGGACCUGAUCCAGAAGGGGAAGGACCUCAAGGGGGUGUCAGAAAUCGUGCAGAACGGAAAUCACUUCAAGCUCACCAUCACUACUGGGUCCAAGGUGAUGACAAAUGAGUUCACCUUGGGAGAGGAGUGUGAAAUAGAGACCAUGACGGGGGAGAAGGUCAAGGCAGUAGUUAACCUGGAAGGCAACAACAAGCUGGUGACAACAUUUAAAAACAUCAAGUCUGUGACUGAACUCAAUGGGGACACCCUGACCAGCACCUUGACGCUGGGCGACAUUGUCUUCAAAAGAAUCAGCAAGAGAGUGUAGACAAGUCUGCAUUUCCUAUUCUUUACUGUGUAAAA